AAUGGUUUGGGAGACGCGGUAGCAGUAGCAGAAGUAGAGGUCAUUCAUCGAGCACAGCACGCAGGUACUAUACUGUAUACGUUUUAUUCAGCGCUAGUUUUCAACAAUUUUAUUGUCUUAACAACCAGUAGCUAGUUUUAAAUGUGGACCUGCGAGUAAGAAAUUUUCUACUGCCUGUUGCUUGUCAAAAUAAAGCCUGCUUGGGCUCAUGGGCUGGUUCUCGUGCAUAAUUUGCAUUGUGGAAUAGAAAAUAUCUGUGGCCCCAAUAGGUCCAUUAAUAACUAAGGAAUUUUUGUUGAAGAAUGGAUAUAUAAAUUUCUAGCUUAACGACAAUUCGCUGCUAUCGAAAUAUUAAGCAGGAUUUCGUCCUAAGAAUUCGACAUUGUCUGCGCUGAUACAAAUGUUUGAUGAAUGGUACGAAAAUAUGGACCAAGGGCAAGGCAAAAUCCCGUAAGGCCUUUGACAUUUUGUUUAAUUAUGCAUGAACGCAUGAUCCAUGCGGGCUUGUAUCCGUCCCGAUUAAUCUUUAAUACGCACACCAUGUCUAAUCGGCACGGUUUUUAAGCAAUCAGAAUCGAGUAAAUGGACUAAAAUGAUAUUAAUAAAGUUACACAGCUCAUAGAUUAUUAUAAUUUGACAUAUUUAAUUUAAAUAUCGACGGCUAUAGAUAUUAGAUAUCACGAAAGAUAGUGGAAAAAGUAUGAAUUGAAAGAAAGAGUCUGCACGAGACUGAAACAGGUUGAAAUGAAUUGAAUCAUAAAAGGGCAUAUUAUACACAACUAAGACAUUUUUUGCCAUUUGCAUGCUACCAUGAAAGAAAGAGUGCAAACCAUUGAGUUAAGUACUGGGUUCUUUGUUAUAAAAGGAGACCCUUUCUGGUUACUGUAAGAGCUUCUAGUUCCUGCGAUUGAUAUUCAAUUUUUGUUUAAUUAAUCUUUUUUAAGGAGUGGAGGAGGUUGGUUUGGUGGAAGACGUUCGCGUUCUAGCACAAGUCCCACUUCCUCUUCUAGGUAUAUAAACUUGCAUGUCUGCUUUAAUGACUGUCUUCGUCUACAGUGUAGAGUGAACACUGCACACAAUGGACAAACCGCAUAUUGCACGUAGUGUUGCCAGGUUCCUAUUCUCAUAUGAGAACUGAGGGCCCCCUAUUAUAAUAUGCUUUCAUAAUAUGCUUUCUUCAUAAUAUGCUUUCACGUAAAAAUAUUUUGCAUUUUCACGAGUCACGGAUUAAGAAAAUCAUCGAUCACGUUUCACGGCUAAGUAAAAUAAGCCCUUCACGCUUCACGCAAAAAUUAUAGGGGGCCCGAUCACGUUUCACGGCUAAGUAAAAUAAGCCCUUCACGCUUCACGCAAAAAGUAUAGGGGGCCCUCAGAACUGGGCAACAGGUUAUUACUUUCCAAUAAGAACUGUCCUGGUACUCAGUUUUACUUUGUUUAGAAUUAAACACCUUAUUAUAGUUCAAAACCUGAUUAAUUAUAAGAUGUAUAAAAAACGUAGACUAUGAUAAAGAUAUAUAACUAAAAAUACAAAAAGAUUGGUGAAAGAACUCUAAGCUGACAUUGAUGUCAUAUAUUACGGAACUCACCGAAGUGUGGAAUCGCAUCAAAAAUUCAUAUCGUCGCCACUCCCACAGACAUCUAUGACCGCACCUACAUAUUUUUGCAUGUUUACAAUUCUAAUUUUAAACAGCCGCAAUCGACGUUUAAUUGUAAUUGUUACCAAGAACCGGAUUGUACAUUAAUAAUAAUGCUCCUGGCAGAAAUUACUUUUGUUUUGCCGUCAGUAAUAUCUGACUCAUUUAUAACUAACUGUCGAAAUAAUUUUAUUUCAGGAGCGGAGGAUCGUUUAGUGGACGACGUUCAAGUUCUCGUCGCACUUCAUCAAGGUUUUAAACAAGUUUUAUUUUUAAUUUGUGUUACGUAAUAAAGAGUUGCCAGACAUAUUUCCAUGAAUGAAUGUAGAUUGUGCUUGUUAAAUUUGGUAAAAUGAAUAUCACAAAUUUAUUUGGAGCGGUGAUUGUUGUGUCAGAACCAGGGGCGUAGGAACCGGGGGGUGGCACGGGGGGCACGUGCCCCCCCCCCCCAAUUUUUUCAAAGGACUAAAAGUGCCCUUUUUUGUGAUGAAAAGUGCCUUUUUUUGUAAUGAAAAGUGCCCUUUUUGUGCAAGCUAAUGUCGCUGUAAAUACUAAAUUAACAUCAAAGGUGCCCUUUUUGUUUGGAAAUUUCGAAGUUUUUUAAAACAAUUUGGUCAAAAACGUGUAAUUUCGGUAUGGUACGACGGGAAAAUUUUUCUUCUUCCCCCCCCCCGUCGCCAACAUUUCCGGGAAAAAUUUUUUAGAUGCCCUUUUCAAUACCCUAAAAUGCUCCUAGAAGCCGGUGCCCCCCCCCAAUCUUUUGAUGCUUCCUACGCCCCUGGUCAGAACUUAUGUAACUGAUUCAACUUUAGGUGAUGCUACUCUACUCUGAGCUCCUCCACAUGCAGGCCGCUAAUUUGUUCCACGCAGGCCAACAUGCAAAAUUGCUGGAAAUCUCCCCGCGAUAUUUGAUUUUGCUAGUCGAGGCGCAAGAAAGGAGGGAGAGACGUCUUCUCCCUCAAACUUUCCCGCAUUAUUGCACCUCGCGCUCUCCCUCGGACUCUAGAGAGACGGACUUGAUCCAAGUCUAACCAGUUAUUACGAGGAAAUAAAACGACGUCCACAUAGUACAUGCUUCCGGAGAUAUGAAACCAGAUCGGUGUUUUGUGGCCAUGGCCCAUUCCGCCAUUGAUCUAAAAGCGAGCGAAAAUGACAGUGAAAACUCGGCAAAUAGAGCUUUAACGGAUUGUGGGGUGGGGGGGGGUCCCAAUCUGACAAACAGAUCUUCUUCAUUAUAUAUAGACUAUAUUCACAAAUGAUGAACUGGGGAGGGGGGAGUGGGUGGAGCGGCCUCUAAUGAUUGAUGCCCUUGUAUCUUAUCGGUACCUGUAUCUGGGUACAACACUUGUUUUUUGUAUUUUGACAGCAGUAAAAAGAGUUUCCCUCAUGACAUAAAGACGAAAAGCGGGCUCACAAAGCUUUACAACCAGAAAGUCGUGAACGUUCAGCCGGUAGAAAGACCAUUAGCAGGACUCAAUAACGGGAAAAUCGGUAAAACUGCUGUGGGAAUUGCAAACAAGCUCGGGGUGAAAACGUCAAUUUCCGGCCAAAAAAAGUCGUGCCACGCACUCUGGCGUAUAGUCGUAAGAACGAAAGAUGGCGGACGGUAUUUGGUACACAAAGGGGAUGAAUUUUGGAAAUCAAGCCAGACAGUUGUGGUUGACGCAAAACACAUGGGAGAAUCAUGGAAAAAUGUCGGCAAAAGUACAAGCGGUAACGGAAAAUAUGUUGGUGCAUUCGUAAAGGCUGGAGGGAAAGAUUACAAGUUACGUGGCGGGAAUUGCCAUGAUGCUACUGACAACAUGAAGAAUCUCGGUAAACGGAAAAAGCGUUCAUCGUGUGGAUAACAAUGGAUAAUAGUGGACAGUGGAUAAUAAUCUAAAAGCAAUGGAAAACGGAAAAGUGUCAAUGGAAACGAAAAACAAAACAAACUAAAUGUUAGCGUGGUAGUUGAUAUUCAGUAUACUAACUAAUGCAUAUGUAACCAGUACCUAAAGUAUAGUCAAAUAUUCUUGUUCUGUAUGUUGCGAGUCUUGAUUACUUGAUAGAUUGAUAAUAAAGUUAAUUGUGAGCAUUGCACUUUUUGUUAAUUAAACUAAUUGAUUACGCGGACAUGCAUGCAUGCAUUUCUGUUCCGAUCCAUUUCAGCAUUGUAUAUAGUGUUAUAUGUGAAUGAAUAUAGAUAUAUAUACCAGGAAUACUUGCAUGCAGCAACCUCUUUCCAUUCAAACAACUUGAUGUUUCCCAAAAGUGUUAUUUUAACGAAAGAGAGCUGGCUCAGUAGCAAUAAUUUUGUUGCGAUGGUUACGCAGUACGUGGUUGAUAACAGUAUUGCCGUCGCACAAGGUGGCUACACCUGCAAUAUUUCACCUGCAAUUUACGUCUUCAUAACGCUUUUCAUUGGCCGGCCUUGACCUGCUUUACCGUACCUCCGCCAAUCUUCGGCAAUUAAUGAUUGCGCGAAGCUUUGCGUUGCCGUCUCCGAGCACGAUACCCAAGCAAUUUCUCUCUCGCGGCGGCAAUGCAGCGAUUUUACCAAUUAUCGCCAUCAGUUGCAUUACCGUCGCCAGACGGCAAUUGUAUAAAAACAAACAUUGUAUUUUUAAUUCUUAAUUAAAACUACAUUUUUGUUACUACAAAAAUUAAAACUACAUUCGAUGCAGUCAUGUGAAUGGUAAAAGUAAUUAAAAGAUUUGUACGAAAACAAUCUUCUUGAACUGCUACGAGCUCUUCUAGACAACAUUAUAUUUAGGCCUUUGGGCUUUGACCGGCGUUGAAACUUUCCUUCAAGCCUAUAGUGACUUCUUUGAAUACUUUAAGACCCCGUUUACACUAGAGCGAAAGAUUUCGGAUUCGCAAAAGUUUCCGGAUUUGAUUGGAAUUUGAGUUUUCGGAUUUGUGGCGUUUACACUAAAGCGGUAACAAGAAAGUUAUCGAUUCGUCCGUUUACACACAAUCGGAAUUUUCUCAUUCUUGUUGUGCGUCUUUCAGCAGAGUUUUUCGAAGUUACAACGCGACAUCCGAAAGUUAUCUUUCCAAUCGCAGUCUAGACAAACACCGUUUAGCAUAUUGUCCCACCAAGAAGAUGUUCUCCCUGGUUUUACCCAAAAUCGUCGAGCCCGAGGUCUUCGGUUUUGCUACUUUCUUCGUUUUCGUACCAGUUUUGCAGAAAUUAAAAUAGCAUUCUGCAAUAACUUUCGCCUUCUUAAAAAUAUACCCGUGGCCAUUACAAAAUUUACAAUACUUCCUUGUAAUAGAAUUAAAUAACAAACCAAAGACAACAAAACAAUAACGUUCGCCAUGUUGGUUCUAUGGUAAAACCGCAAACUCGUAUUUUCGCGGGCGAAAAAAGGUUGCGGAUUAAUUCAAAUUUCUGUUUAGAACCAUUUACACAUAUAAUUCUAUCUCAUCAUCAGCUACGUCACUACGGAGUACCAUGAGAAGCAUGCGCAUUGCUUGUCAGUCAGUGCAUGGUUUGCUUUGUCGACCGGCGAACGUGUUCUGAAGAGCUCUGAAGAAAAUAUAUAAAUAUUCAGUGGGAGACACACUCAAACCGUAAGUAGCGCUCCCUAAUUUCAAUAAUUUGCAAUUCCUUGACUCUUUUUUCCAUAUUUAUAGCAGGUUUGUUCGAAACAAGUAAGAACGACCAAAAUAUGGAUGCCGGAAGAGAUGAACAACAUAGCCAUCGUCAACAAGAGGAAGCCUUUGACGACGAUGAGCCCAACGCUAGUCCACAGGACGAACAAUCUGCCCUGCAUGGACAACAUACAAGCUCACAGAGCAUGAACAGCGAUGUUUCUAAUGAACAAUUCGCUAAAACUUUGGCCACAAUGAACGAAAAUAUGGCCAACAUGGCUGCAACAUUGGGCCAAAUAUGGCAGCACGUCGAUUCUGGCGGGAAAACUGCAAAGGCCAAAAAACGACAACAAGAGGAUCAAUACUCCUCUGAGUCGGAGCGAGAUGAACACACGGCAAAACGCCGUCGCUCAGCUCAUGAAAAUGAGGACAGUCUUAGCGUAACGGCCAGUGAUGACGAGGUAAGGCAGUUACUGAAUGACCCGACGACGAUUUGCUUCAAGAACUGGAACAACAGUUCAGUGAAGACAAAAGUCUAGGGUCCGCAGUGGGGGAAAAACUAGCAACUAUAGCUAUUAAUCGCUGGACUGAAAAAUUAAGUCCUGACAAAAUCAAGGAAAUAAACGAGAAAUACAAACAACCGCUAAACUGUGAAGCUAUGCGAGUUAGCCGCAUUAAUCCAGAAAUUUGGUCUCAAAUCAGCCAACACAAAAAGAAAACAGAUCUUAGACUGUCAAGAAUGCAACAAAAUGUCCAAAAAGCAGUUUUUGCCACGCUUCAAAUGGCGGAAACUUUAAGCGCCAAAAAUCAACCUUCGGCAUUGACCGAGAACAAGAAAGGCAAUGACCGCGAGGCAUUACUUCGCAUCGCAGUGAACCUCAUUGCAAUGUUGGGGCAUAUGAAUGCUGAUGUAAUGUCCAUGCGACAGGAGUCGAGCCAUGCAACUGUUCCGCCAAACUCAAAAUUCUUAUUUGGCGAUGAUUUGGCGAAACUGGUUCGCGACUCAAAGGAAAUAAACAGCAUUGCAAGCACACUGACGUUGCCAAGAACAGCUCGCAAUACUAGCACAGCAAAUACGAGUAGACGCAAUACUCACACCUAA